AUGAAGCCGGUCGAAGCUGCGCUCUAUGUUCUGCACACUUACAAUCUGCUCUGGAAGAUGAGCCUGCCCAACGGCGUUGCACUUACGGCAGUCACAUUUAUGAUGAUGGCUCCCCGGAAAUUUCAAGCUCAGGAUCAUCCUUCCGCGGUGUCGAUGAGCCUGAUUAUUGGUGUCUUGAAUUACUACUUUAGUUUCAUUCAAGUGGCUCAUACCCCUUAUCGAGCCUACGCCAUUGCGCUCUUGGUCACAUUGGGCUCCUCUUUUUCGCAAAUUCCGGACUUGACACCCUUUCGGGCCGCCUUCCGCAACAUGACUUCGAUCUGGCCGACCACCACAAGCAGUGUACCCUAUGGAGACGAGAGGAAAUGCGGCAUCACGAUCCGCCGGACCAAAUCAGCUUCUUCAUCCAACGAUGGUACCAAACCGGUCGUGAAGGAGGGUAUAACCCCCCAAAGUUUUAUUGUCCAGGGCGCCCUCCCUGAGUUCUGGCGACUCACAGCCAUUCAAGAGGAGCAGCAUUCGAAAGACCAGACGACUGAGUAUAUUGCCUUCCCGAUGAUUAUGGACUGGGAUCAUUCUCAUCUUAUCGCCACGCUGAUUGACCCUGGUGACCUUCGAGAGUCCCCGUCCAAAGGCUGGUCUACAACGUUCAAGGAUCCGGGCUCCCCUGUUUCUGAAAUGAGCACCACCAUUGAGUUGGCUCCUACACGUGCGGUUGAGCAAGGGCCUGGGGAUUCCACAACCAAUCUUGCUACUCUCCAUCCGAGGGCUUGUGCGGCUACCAUGAGGGGUGUUGCCGGAGUGAUAGGGAGGGCAGUGAACGAAUAUCCACUAGUGCGGAUUGGGUAA